AUGGGCGACCUGUGCGACGAGUACUUCGAGGACGACGGGGCCGCAGCUGGGGAGCACUAUGUUCCUCCGGUGUACUGCGGCCGUCAGGCGCUCGACGAGGCGCUCGGCCCGGUCCGAGUCGACACGCUGCCAGCUACGCUGCGCUGCGCCUUUCCGUUCAGCUUCUUCAACGCGAUUCAGAGCGAAUGCUUCGACGUCGCGUUCCGGACGGACGAGAACAUCGUCGUGUCGUCGCCGACCGGCACGGGCAAGACCGGCGUGCUGGAGUUGGCGCUGCUGCGGAUGGCGGAUUCGGGAAGGUUUGCGCAGGGUCAGAAGGGGGUGUAUAUGGCUCCCACGCGGGCGCUCUGUGGACAGCAGAUACGCUCGUGGGAGAAGAGGCUCGGGGCGCAGGGCGUUGGGCUGAAGAUCUUCGAGUGCACGGGCGAGUCCGAGUUCAUCGACAACCACAAACUCCAGCAGGCCGACAUCAUCGUGACGACGCCGGAGAAGUUCGACGCCAUGACGCGCAAGGGGCAGAAGAGCGGCAAGAUCGGCUGGCUCGGAGACAUCGCCCUGCUUCUCGUCGACGAGGUCCACAUGCUCGGCAGCGACCGCGGCCCGACACUCGAGGCUGUCAUCGCCCGCCUCAAGCUGGCAGCCCAGUCCGCCCCCCCCGACCUCGCCGUCGCUGGCGUCCGCUUCGUGGCCGUCUCCGCCACGAUUCCCAACGCGGACAGCAUCGCGAAGUGGCUCGGGGUCGCGCCGGCGAACCUGCGGAAAUUCGGGAACGAAGUCCGCGCGACGGACCUCCGCGUGCAAGUCCUCGGCUACGGCGCGGCGAAGAACGAGUUCCUAUUCGACAUGAACCUCACGCGGCACGUCUUCAAAUGCAUCCAGGAUUUCUCCAAGGGCAAGCCAGCUCUCGUAUUCUGCACCAGCAGGAAACAGACGCAGCAGACCGCGGAACGCAUCGUCGAGGACGCACGCGGCGGCCUCGUCGCCGCACUCACGCCGCCGCAGCGCGCUGAGCUCAGCGACUACGCUGCGGCGGUCGCUGGCAAGAAUCGCGCGCUCGCCGCCACGAUGAAACAAGGCGCCGGGUACCACAACGCCGCGCUCUCGCCCGAGGAGCGCGGCGCCGUCGAAGCUGCGUUCCUCCGGGGCCUCCUGCGCGUGGUCUGCGCCACUGGCACGCUGGCGGUGGGCGUAAACCUCCCCGCGCACCUCGUCGUGAUCAAAAACACGCGGCUCUACGCGGGCGGGAAGUACGUCGAGUACGACCCCGCGGCGCUGCUCCAGAUGGCCGGGCGCGCGGGCCGCCCGGACUGGGACACGGAGGGGGUGUGUGUCGUGAUGGCCCCCCUCGGGGACGUCCCGCGGCUCCGCGAGAGCCUCGGCGGCGCGCAGGUCGUCGAGUCGUGCAUGCUCGGGCAGGUCCUGGAGCACCUGAACGCCGAGAUCGUGCUGGGGGGGGUCCGGUCGCUCGCGGGCGCCACGUCGUGGCUGCGGUCGACGUUCCUCGCAACGCGGAUGGCGGAGGCGCCCGAGCGGUACGGGGACGGCGCGGUGGAGGCGCGGGCCGCGGCUGCGGUCGCGAGGCUCGUGGAGGUCGGGCUCGCGGAGAUGCGCGGGGACGAGUCAGGGGGGGGGGUGUCAGGGCCCGAGGCGCGGCUGACGGCGACGGAGGCCGGGCGGAUCAUGUCGCUGCAGUACGUGCGGUUCGCGACGAUGCAGCGCAUCAUGGCCACCGUACGCGAGCAGGGGGGGGUCUUCGCUGAGUCGGACCAGAUGUGGUGCAUCACCGACAGCGAGGAGCUGUCCACCGUCACGCUCCGCAGGUCGGAGAAGAAGGCGCUCAACGCGAUGCACAAGGAGCCCGGCCUGCUCCCGCACAUCAUCCCGCGGGGGCCCAACGCGCCCGACAAGCCCAAGGAGCGCGUCGCCACGGCGCGCGAGAAGGCCUUCCUGCUGCUGUCUGCGGCGCUGUCCGACGGCGUCGACGACCGGCUCGACUGGUCCCUGCGGUCCGAGAUGCAGCACAUCGUCCGCAACGCCGCCCGUCUGUCCACGGCCAUGCGUCAGUUCUACCAGCAAGCCGGGGUGCUCGGCGCCACCAUCGACGCAGCACUCCUGGCCCGCUCGCUCGCCGUCGGGUGCCGGCGCGGGGGCCUCGAGCUGAUCCAGGUCCCCGGAAUCGGCCGCGUCAUCGCGAAGCGGCUCGGCAUGGCGGGCGUGCGCACGCUGCGCCAGCUGCGCGACACCGACCCGCGUCGGGUGGAACUGCUGUCAGGAAAGCCGUACCCGUUCGGCACGCGGGUGACGGAGCACGUGCGGCAGGAGCUCGCGAUUCCGGACGUCGCGACGAGCGUGCACCCGCAGGCGUCGUCGGCGCGGAAGCUCAUGCACGUCGAGGUGCGGCUGCGCGUGGACGCGGAGGGGGGGAGUGAGGGGGGGACUCAGGCCGGCGCCGCGCAGACGCACGCGCGACGCACGCGUGGCCUCGUGCACGUCUUCGCCGGGCUGAUCUCGAACCAGAAGCUCGUACUAUCGCGGGAGGUGAAUGUGUUCGCCGCAGCGGCGUCAGGGGGGGAGUCGUUCAAGCUGACACUCGACACCCCCCCGGGCAACCAACCGCUGCAGCUGGUGACCGCGGUGCUGCCGUGCGACGUCGUCGGCUUCGACUCGAUCUUCGUGCACGAAAUCCCCCGCCACGGCGGCGCGAGCGGCGCUGCGGAGCGCGGGGUGCUGAAGCGCAAGGUCGACGCGACGCACACGCUGGUGCCGAAGACGCUCACGCCGCAGAAGUCCGCGCCGAAGAAGCAGCCCGCGCCGGCGAAGGUCGCCGUUCCGUCGCGGGACGCAGCAGCGCGCGCCAAGCCCGCCCGCGCGUCCCGCGACGGCGAUGCACGGACAGGGGGGGGGUGUUGUCCAGCAGCAGAUGCGCGGCGCUGGGGCGCCGCCGCACCCGCUCGCGGCGCCGGCUCCGCGGGCUGA